GCGGGGAGUUGAUCUUGGAGAUAGAAUUAUUUAUCAGCAGAAAUAUUUGACGCAUUCUGUUCUAUCAGUUACUGAUUCUUUCUAUACCCUGCAUUGAAAGAUUCCAAUAUCCCCGGAUACUUAAUAGCAGACUGAUCAAGUCCUGUGUAUCCGCAAUCUCCGACAUAUUUUUUUCACUACCCCUCCAACCGACAACUGGAAGGUCAAAAUUUUUUUAAACAUACACCCACACCAUGUCUUCCUCGCAAGAUCCUCAUCACGAAACCGAAAAUGACGCCUACAUGCAGGCCGACGAUGCUGACGAGAUUGUCGAGCGCGAUGAGGACCACCCCAUGGAGUCGGAUGGCGAAGACGAGCCCAUGAUCGAACAGCAAGAGAUCACCCUGCAGAACGACUCGACUGCCCACUUCGACCUUCACAACGACUCUGUGUUCUGUAUCGCCCAGCACCCGAUUCACAAUAACAUCGUCAUCACUGGUUCCGGCGACGAUACCGCGUACAUCUUCGAUUCGACACCGUUGGACGAGCGACCCGUCCUCCCGCAAAGCUACGAAUCGAACCCGCAACCGAGACGUGAGCGCGAGUCUCUGCAGCCUCUACUCAAAUUGGACGGACACACUGAUACCGUCAAUGCGGUGGCCUUCACCGAGCCCAAGGGAGAAUACGUCGUGACGGCAGGUCUGGACGGCCGAUUGCGCGCAUGGCGCGAUGCUACCCCCCAGCAGACCGGACUGAGCUGGGAAUUCGUCGCGGACUCGCAGGAAGUCGAGGAGAUUAACUGGGUUGCUGUCUGCCCCAGCCAGAACGGCGACGAGGAGAAGAGCAAUGUCAUUGCUAUCGGUGCCAGUGAUGGUAGCGCUUGGGUUUUCCGUAUUGACCACAACGACGCUGCUCAGCCUAUCUCUAUUCUCCAGACUUUCUUCCAGCACACCGGAUCGUGUACCGCGGGUGCCUGGACUCCUGAUGGGAAGCUGCUCGCUACUGUCUCCGAGGAUGGAAGUUUCUACGUCUACGAUGUCUUCGGUGCCGCUGCCGCUGCCGGUGUCUCUUACUCCGCUGGUACAAGCGCAGUUGUCGGAUUGACUGCUGAUGACCAGCGUUUCGCUGUCGAUGGAGGUCUCUACUCCAUCGCAAUUUCGCCGGGCGGUGCCAUUGCCGCCGUCGGUGGUGCAGAGGGUCACAUCCGGAUCGUCGGUCUUCCUCGUCUCCCAUCAUCGCCUGAUGCGACCUCAUCCAAGGCAAAGAACAAGUCUGCCAACCAGCAAGGUUCGACCGGUGCCUCUGCCGCCGGUACCCUUCUUGCCUCUCUCCAGGCCCAAAGCGAUGGCGUCGAGACACUCUCCUUCUCCGAACCUCCGAUGACUAUUCUCGCAGCUGGAUCGGUCGAUGGAUCGAUCGCUCUCUUUGACGCUGCACACCGCUUCGCCGUCCGUAGACACAUUCGCGAAGCCCACGAAGGCAGCGCCGUGGUCAAGGUUGAGUUCCUCCACAGCCGCUCUCCUCAAGCCCCCUUGUCUCGUCCCGCUCCUUUGGCGAAUGCUGCUGCAGGCCAAGGACGUUCAUGGCUGCUUACCUCUGUCGGUAUGGACGGUGUCGUGAGACGCUGGGAUGCACGUGGUGGAACUACCGCUGCUGGCUUCGGAUUGUUGAAGGAAUGGAGUGGCCACGCUGGUCUGCUCGAGAAUGAAGAAGGAGAGCAGUCUGGUGGUAUUAUGGGCUUUGUGCAAGGGUUUGAUGGAAAGCGUAUUGUGACUGCCGGUGAUGAUGGCAUUUCGUUGGUUUUUGAGGAAUAAUUGAUUUACAGUAUUAGUAGAUAGAUAUAUUUUGAUCAUUCCAGAUUUGUAUAGAUGGGGAUGGUUAUGAUUAAAAGUUAUGUUAUGAUGAUUACGAGCAUACCCUGGAUAUAUCGAGUCUUGUCAUGUAGGACGUUAUGUCAAGUAUGUCCGUCGAUGACACUUUAAAGCGACUGAAAAAUACGAGAAAGCAAAAGUAUGGAAGAAAAUGCACUCAAUAGUAAAACAUGCUAUGUAC